AACAUCCCGAAGGGCGUGCUGGAGAAAUCACAUCCCAUUGAGCUCACUGACAAGAUGAUCCAGAGUUACCGGGAGACCUAUGCAGUGGUGGUGGCUGUGGACGUGCUGAGAGCCAUCAACGAGAGCCAGCUGGCAUCAAGGCUUGCUACAAACACGAAAAUCGCUAGCACAGGAGUCGUCUGUGAAGGCAGCAUGCCCAAGACAGUGAGGGAUCACCUGCUCUCUACCCUGGCUAACCUGGGAGAAGCUCAGCUGAAGAAUUUCAAAUCUAAACUCAAUGAAAUCCCACUGCAGGACAGUUAUGAUAACAUCCCGAAGGGCGUGCUGGAGAAAGCAGAUCCCAUUGAGCUCACUGACAAGAUGAUCCGGAGUUACAAGGAGACCUAUGCAGUGGUGGUGGCUGUGGACGUGCUGAGAGCCAUCAACGAGAUCCAGCUGGCAUCAAGGCUUGCUACAAACACGGGAAUCGGUUCUGAAAGCUCCUCAAGCAAUGGCGACCUCAAAUAAUUUCUUUGCGUUAAGAUGGGCUUCGUUACCUGCAAUACUCUGUGACUCAACAGCUACUUUCAACUUGGUUCCUAUUGUCAGUUACUGAGUUAAAUUCCUCUCCAGGAAUUUAUUUAUGAUUUACUCAUACAAUAAGAACAACAUUUCAUUCCC